AUGCAAAAGUCGGCUACAUUUUCGACCUUACCUGUUACUCGGCCGCCAGUUCAUUCCGAUUCCAUCACGGCUAUGGCAGUCGUUCGACCUGGCAUGGUGAUCACUGGAAGUCGUGAUAAGAGUUUGGCGUUGAAUAAUGUGGAUACCGGUGAAUGUGUCACGAGGUGGAUAGGCCACAAUGCUGAAGUCACAAAAGUUGCCUACGGUAAUACGGUCGGCAAUCACUUUGUCCUGAGCGGGUCUCGAGAUCAGACCGUUAAAUUAUGGCAGUUCCAUUCCCGAGAGGCGCAAAAGAGCUACGAAGGCCACUCGUUGGUGGUCACGGGGCUUGCUGUGAUUAGCGAGAAUAAAUUCGUGUCAGGUUCUCGGGACACGACGUUGAAGUUAUGGGACGUAGAAUCCACAAAGCGGAGCAUCAGAAGCGCUCAAGUCACACACAUCACUUUCAGUACAUGUUGUAAUAUCAUAGCUCAGUCUUCUGAAGAUAAGGAAGUGAAGCUGUGGGAUCCUCGAAAUCUCGAUAUGGUUGCACAGCUACCACGGAAAAACCAUAUACAAUUACAUUGCGAGUUUAUUGACGAUAAAAUGCUCGCCUCAACUAGCAACGGGUUUAACGGUGACGGUUGUGAAAUUUCGAUAUGGGACCUGCGUACACGGAAGUUGUUGAGGGAAUUACGCGGCCAUGAAGGCUCGGUUCCAUGUGUCGCUGGGCUAACACAACAGGUCACCCUGAAAAAAUUACUAAUGAGUGUUUCUGUGGACAGAACAAUUAGAAUUUGGAAUAUUGAAGAUGGAGGUAAGAACGAUUAA